AUGAACAUCCGCUUGGCACUCUUCAUGUAUUCGAUGGUCAGCGGCCAAAAUCCUUUGGUGGAAGACGUCAUGACAAUAUGUUACUUCAGCGAAUCUUUAGACAGCUGGGAAAGGCACACGCCCAUCAAGUCUGAGCUUUCUGUAUUCCAAUUAUCUUUUCUCCCCUAUAUUGGGUACCAUCAUGUCCUCAUGAUAUUUCUCGUCAUAUCCGUUACCCUGAUAUCGAUCCUUAUCGCCGGCUGCACCAGCGAUAGUCUCGCCGGGAUCUAUCUCUUGUCUCUAUCCUACGUCAGCAACCCAGAGCCGUCCGCCAGCAACGUUGCCGCAUCCAUUGCAGAGGUUGCCGCCAAUCGCACUUCAAUGGAAAUCAGGGCAGGGUACAUGGGUAUGUGCCUCCUGGUCAGCGGCCAGUCGAUAUGCUCGAAGAACUCGGGCUCUCUUGAGGCAUUUGUGCGUCGCGCAACCAUUGGGGAUGAAUCAGGCGACCCGUUGAACCUCAUCCAUGCAGCGCAGAAGUUCCGUGAGGAGACUGUCUUCGUCGCUCUCUUGUUUAUCUCGAUUGUCGCCGCCAUUGCCGCGAUUCUUCUAAUGGCCACCUUCCCGGGAUGGCACGAGGACAACACAAGCAACGGGUCGGAGAGAGAAGUGAAACCAUUUCCUUCCCGGGCAGUCUCGAAAGCUGCACUGGGUUGUCUGGUUGUGUCCUGUGUCCUGACUCUCUUGUCAGGCUUCUGGCAGCAUCUAUCGAGCUCCUCUGCAACAACCAUGGUAAAAUUCUUCACGUACGGCGUGGCGACGGGACACGUUGGAGCUGGUGCAAUGGCGCUUGGGUGGCUAGCCACGUUCUUUCUCAUCGUUGCUUGUAUUGGGCUUCUCGUCAUGAUCCUCUCCAUUUCCGUGCUCUCCAAUCUGGCCGGAUGA